AAUAUUUUUGUCAAUAUUAGAGUGAAUUGUCAAUCUAUGUCAAUUUGAUGUUGAACUGUACAUCAAAUUUUUGAUUUCUAUAUUUCGUAGUUCCCGAGUUUUCUUCUGCUAUUUAAUUAUUAUUGUUUUUACUUAGUAAACAAAACAUUACAUAAUGCCGUUGCUGAGAUUGACAUCGGGGAGCUUUGGCCAGCUGCGAACUUUUGCGACGUCAUCAGCAUUAGGAAAGAGGGUCAAGACUUUCGCUGUCUAUCGAUGGAACCCAGACGAGCCCGACAAGAAGCCUUACACUCAAAAUUAUCAGGUAGAUCUAGAUGAUUGCGCGCCAAUGGUUCUAGAUGCGUUAUUGAAGAUCAAAAAUGAGAUGGAUCCAACUCUCACAUUUAGAAGAUCCUGCCGCGAAGGCGUCUGCGGAUCAUGCGCCAUGAACAUCGAUGGUGUUAAUACUUUGGCAUGCAUCAGUCAUAUUGAUCAAAACCUGUCCAAACCCUCUAAAAUAUACCCACUGCCUCAUAUGUACGUUGUUAAAGACCUUGUGCCUGAUUUGACUAACUUUUACAAUCAGUAUCGCUCUAUAGAGCCAUGGUUGCAACGUGACAAGGAGGCUGUUAAGGGUAAAGAGACCCAAUUACUUCAGGAUGUAGAGGAUAGAGCUAAACUUGAUGGCUUGUAUGAAUGUGUGUUAUGUGCAUGCUGCUCAACUAGUUGUCCAUCGUAUUGGUGGAAUGGAGACAAAUACCUUGGUCCGGCAGUCCUUAUGCAAGCUUAUAGAUGGAUCAUUGAUUCUAGAGAUGAUGCAACAGCAAAACGCUUGUCUAAGCUAAAAGAUACUUACUCUGUUUAUCGUUGCCAUACAAUCAUGAACUGCACAAGGACUUGUCCAAAGGGAUUGAAUCCGGGACGAGCAAUUGCACAGAUUAAAACAUUAUUAUCUGGCAUUGUAAAGAAACAGGCACCAAUAAUGGAUCCUGCUGGACUGGAUAAACAAACAGCUCAAAAUUAAACAAUCGCAAAUAUUUUUCCUUUUACAGUCAAUACCCAUCAUGUGAACCUUUGAAAACAUACUUAAAAAAAUUGUAGAAUUUGAAAUAAGUACAGAGCAUAAUAAUAUGUAUUAAUAUUGAUCUGAGAUGUCUUUGUUGAGCCCACCAAUAUUUUACUCAGUGGGUAUUGACAUUUAAACAAGUUGAUUGUCUCAUUAGUAAAUUAAUAAUGCCAGGCAUUUUGAGAUGAUUUUGUACUUACAAUUCAAAAAAUGCCUCAUUAAUUUGGCACAAGUUUAAAAACAAAAAUCUUGUAGGAAUGACUUGUCAUUUAAUAUAAUCAUAUGAUUAUAAAUAUACAAUCAUGUAAUUAUAAAUAUACAAACAAUAUCCUACCGAGUAUAAAAUGGCAAAAGUAAACAUAGAAUGCAUUUCAUUUUGACUGUGUUACAAAUAGUAAUUAUAGGGAUAAUUAUUAUAAGUCUAAAGUGUAGUUGUACAUUUUUGAUAAAAAUAAUUAGUUGAAAUAUAAUAAUAAAUGUAUACACAUUAUGUCAGGCAAUCAUUGAUAUUACACCAAGUAUUAUCUCAUUAGAACAUGAAAUAUUGGAAUUAAUUUAUUUCAGCAUGCCAUUUUUUAUUUAUUGUUCAUUUUUUGUUAACAACUGUGUAAGAUUUGUGAUUAAAGAUUAUUUAUUUA